CCGGGCGGGGCCAAAGCGAGACGACUCCCCCCGCCGCGAGGUGGGCGUGGUCGGGGGGCGUGGCCGGGCGCGCGGAUGGCGGCGCCGCGCGUGGUGCUGCUGCUGAGCGGGAAACGGAAAUCGGGGAAGGACUUUGUGGCCGAGGAGCUGCGGAGCCGGCUGGGCCCCGAUGUCUGCGCCGUCCUGCGCCUGUCCGGGCCCCUCAAGGAGCAGUACGCCAAGGAGCACGGCCUGGACUUCCAGCGGCUCCUGGACGCCAGCGCCUACAAGGAGUCGUACCGGCAGGACAUGAUCCGCUGGGGCGAGGAGAAGCGCCGCGCCGACCCCGGCUUCUUCUGCCGCGCGGCGGUGGAGGGGACGGUGCAGCCGGUGUGGGUGGUGAGCGACACGCGGCGGCUGUCGGACGUCGAGUGGUUCCGGGACGUGUACGGGGCCGCGGUGCGGACGGUGCGGGUGGUGGCGGCGGAGGAGACGAGGAGGAGGAGGAACUGGGUGUUUGUUGCCGGGGUGGACGACGCCGAGUCCGAGUGCGGCCUGGACCAGGGGGUGACGUUCGACUGGGUCGUCACCAACGACGGGGACGAGCUGGCGCUGGACGAGCAGCUGGAGACGCUGCUGCGGUGGCUCCGGGACCAGCUGUGACCCCCCCCGUGGGUUCGGGGACCGUGUGCGUCCCCCCAUCCCCAAAUAAAGCUCCGCCGCGGAGAACCCCGA